AUGCUCAAAUUGUGCACCCAAUUGGGUACCAGGAAAGAAACAAAUUGUAAAGAUGCUGGAAAUGGCGACAUGCAACUCCAUGCAGGGAGCAUGAGAGAGUGUUUGGUGGUGACAAGUGUAUGUUAUUUCCAACGAUACGGUCAAGCUCAAGGUAGCUGUGAUUUUUCAGGCACUGUAGCUGUUAGCCCCAAUCCUCCUCCAAAUGUUGCUUCAACUUGCAGCUUUCCCUCAAGUAGCACAGGGGCAAACACAGGCACCACACCAACCGAGACAACCACCACCGGGUCAACCACCAAUGGCUCAACCACAGGGAUUCCAACCACCGUGUUUGGUGGUACGAGGAUAACACUGGGUCCGACGGGGACCACAAGCAUCAAUGAUCCAAGCAGUGCUAUGGGUCUCUUCACUAACAACUUGUUUUGCACUUUUGUUGCUACGACAACCCUCUGGAUUUUAGGGUCAUCUUGGCUUUGA